CUUUUACGACGAGCCGUACGACGACGUCGAUGACACGUUCGCCGAGGACGACGAGGCCGCCGGCCUGGAGGAGAACGGCAUCGUCGACAUCGGCGACCCCAGCGCCGCCACCUCGGCCACCGCCAAGGCCGACCGCAUCACCACGCCGUACAUGACCAAGUACGAGCGCGCAAGGAUACUGGGCACGCGUGCGCUGCAGAUCAGCAUGAAUGCGCCCGUCCUGGUGCCGACCGACGGCGAGACGGACCCGCUGGCGAUUGCGAUGAAGGAGCUGGCGGCGAAGAAGAUCCCGCUGGUUGUGCGGCGCUACUUGCCUGAUGGCAGCUUCGAGGACUGGACCGUCUCGGAGCUGAUCAUCUCCGACUGAGCGCUCAGCCUCCUCGCCAGCCCGGAAAGGCCCUUCCCGUCCAUAUCCCAGCCUGCCGCUCUUCACCGCCCUGUCUCGUAGUCUCAACACCUGUAACAAAAGCAUGCCUUCCGUCCCG